AUGAGGGUCUUUAUCUGCUUUGAGGGGUCCUGGGAGUCUUUUGACGUCCAUCCAGAGCAGAAUGUGGGGGCCAUGAAGCAGAUGAUCAAGGACAACUUUCUUGUGCAACUGUCCAAUGACAAGCAGGUAAGGCACUACCUGGAGCUGAGCUAUGGUGGUGCAGCGCUGCAGGACAACUGGGCUCUGUGUGACGUGGGCAUCACAAGUGGCAGUGCCAUCCGAUGCCUGAUAAAGAGUGAACAGAAGCCUGUGUUGCAUGUGUUCAACGCUGUGACAGGAGAAACCUUAUCAAUCAUGGGAAGUGUCACUCUCCUGCGUUAUAUGUCUGUGGCCAGACUGAAAACUGUGGUGUCUGCGCGGAGCGGCCUCCCUGUCAGCACCUUCAGAUUGAGCACGCCUGCUGGUGUUGAACUCUACGACUGCAACCAACUGAAAGACUACGCCAUCGAAGUGGGCACUAUUCUUCGUUUGGACACAUGGGAUGGGUGGGUGGAGUACCUCCAGGGUUGCCUCCUUGGCCACAGAUUGACAGUCCAGAGUCACCUAUCAGAGAAGAGGCCUGUAAGGAGGUUUCAGCUGCGAGUAGCGCUGUACAUCGCUGCCUUUUUAGGCCACCUGGAACUGUCAAGCUGGCUGCUGGAGAGGGGGGCACAUGCUGAGGAACCAGUGGGUGUCCAUCCGUACCGCCAGUGGUGCCACCAAACCGCCCACCGUGACACCGGAAAGUGUCCCAUCCACGUAGCUUCAGAGAGCAGUCAGCUCCUCAUCCUUAAACUCUUUGUCACCAAGAACCCUUUGACCUUGGCUUGUCGGGAUCCUGGGAGUCGUGACCCUUUGAAGAUUGCCAUUCAGCAUGGCCACAGGGAAUGUGUGUGCUACUUAGCCAACAAGCUGUGCUCAGUAGUAUCCCUGCCAAAUAUGUCCCUGCGCAUGUAUAUCUACCUCCGAAUAAGACACUGGGUGAGUUUGGGACGGAGAAGAGCGGCCUCCAGUCACAGCACUUCCUUCAAAGCCACAGUAGGGGAUAUGUUGCUGGUAGAUGGCUUCAACCAGCCAAAGAUGUCCUCCAAAUCCAGGAAAGCGAAGACCAAACCAAGUAGAGGACUCCGAGCCAGAGCUUUGCACUCCUUACCGCCCAUCAGCACUAUACUUUCAGUGCCCAAUCUCCCCUCCAAAAGGGCAUCACAGCAUCUACACAGCCUGCAGUCUGUGAACCCUGGUGACUUUGAAGAGAUGCAGGAAAAGCAUAAGCCUUAUGAAAAGAACAGAGAUAAUGGCCCAGUGGAUAAAAUCAGUAAGGGAGACAGCAGCCUAUGCAGUGGCAAGUUUUCUCUCCCACCUAUCACCAGAGAACGCAUCCCCUGCAGGCAGGUGUUGGUCAGUGCAUCACCAAACUCCUCCCAUAUCCUGACUGAAUCUUUGGAGUCUCACAGCGAUGGACGAACACCAAGAGAAAAUGCCAUAUACUGCAUGACUGUAGCCAGCACCUUCACAGAGAAGCCUUGGCUGAAGCAGCUGAGCAUAGCACGGACACUGGCCAGGAAGCGUAUCCAGACCGCAGCUUGA